AUGAUACCUUGCCCGCUGAGGUAAACAAAGAUCUUAUGAAACUUGUUCGAGAUUCAAUACGACAAGGUUUUCAAUGGGGUACUCGAGAAGGACCUUUGUGUGAUGAACGUAGGAUAUUAGAUGCCGUUAUAGCACCUGAACCUUUAUUCCGUGGAGGCGGUCAAGUAAUUCCCACAGCAAGACGUGUUUGUUAUUCUGCAUUUCUUACGGCAACGCCAAGGUUGAUGGAACCUGUAUAUUAUGUUGAAAUUCAAGCGCCUGCUGAUUGUGUUUCGGCUGUGUACACAGUCUUAGCCAGAAGGAGAGGACAUGUUACACAGGAUAUUCCAAAGGCAGGCUCUCCACUAUAUACUGUCAAAGCUUAUAUUCCUGUAAUUGAGGCAAAUGGAUUUGAAACAGACUUAAGAACUCAUACACAAGGACAGGCAUUUUGUCAACAAAUGUUUGAUCAUUGGCAGAUUGUUCCUGGUGAUCCGUUGGAUAAAAGUAUCGUUCUUCGACCUUUGGAACCUAGUCCAGCGCAACAUUUAGCUAGAGACUUUAUGGUGAAAACUCGAAGACGUAAGGGAUUGUCCGAAGAUGUUUCCGUAAACAAGUUUUUCGAUGAUCCAUUAUUACUGGCUAUGGCGCA